CUAUAUAUAGAGCUAACAUCUAUGUUGAAUCUCCAUCAAAUUUCUCAAAGAAGAGGUGCAGUCAGGAUUAACUAAUUAUGGCUGUUCAUCUUCAUUUCUUGUUGUUGCAUACCAUAAUUUUGUUAGUCUGGGCAAUCAAAGCAUCAGCAAUUCAUUGUCCAACGAGUUGUGGUAAUGUCAGCGAAAUAAGAUAUCCCUUUGGAAUUGGAGAAGGCUGCUACUACGAUGAAUGGUUUGCAGUAACUUGUGACAACUCUUCGGGCUCUCCAGUACCUUUCCUCAGUAGAACGAACCUGAAAUUAGCAGAAGACGUCUCUCGUCGAAGCAAAGGGAUGGCCAAUGGAUUAAGAGCUUAUGUGAAUACAUUGGAAGCUGAAAACCUGUCAAGAACGCCGUUUUACUUUUCACAUAAGCUCAAUAAGUUCAUGGCCACUGGUUGUAAUAGUUAUACCACGACAUUCAAAAGACAUCAAAUCAAGUCAAAAACUAGGUGUCUGCCUAUUUGUACAUGUGAUCCUGCUAAAGAUAAAAGAUGCUAUGAUUUGAUGUGCACCAUUUCUUCAAGUCUUCAGGCUUUUUCAGUUCCCGAGAACUGCACAGGUGCCCUCAUGGUUGAGCAAGAUUGGCUCAUGACAAACUACCUAGCCAAUACCAAUGCCAAUGUUUCGAAAGAAAGAGAGCUUUUUCCUGUAGUGAUAGAAUUCGGAAGAUACAUGGGGAAAUGUUUGGAACCAUAUAAAUCCCGGAAAACAUAUUGUAACAAAGAUGGUUUUUGUUUAACACAAUUAAAGUCAGGCUUUUUUUGUGUCUGCAGUCAGCCAAAAGAAAAACACGAUGAAUCAGGCUGCACAGGUAACUUGUUCUGUACUAUCACAAGCCACAACGAUUGCUCCAACUGUCCCGGUGGUUAUACGUCCAUAUUUUCUCAUAACGGUGAUAAGGAACUCAUAUGUUACUCAUCAAAAAUUCCCGGGAAUAAAAUCUUUAUCAUCAUAGGUUGCAGUUCUGGGCUUGGGAUGCUGUUGCUAGGAAUCGGAGCAUGGUGGUUGUACAAGUUCGUUAAAAGAAGGAAAGCAAACAAGCUUAAGCAAAAAUUCUUUAAAAAAAAUGGUGGUUUGUUAUUACAGCGACGCAUGUCUUCCGAUGACGGCAACAUUGAGAAACCAAAAUUGUUUACCGCAAAUGAAUUGGAGAAGGCAACUGACAGCUACAAUGCGAAUCGUAUCCUUGGUGAAGGAGGUCAAGGCACUGUGUAUAAAGGAAUGUUGGAGGAAGGAAAAAUUAUAGCUGUUAAAAGGCCCAAGAAAGUGGAUGAAAGUAAAGUUGACGUAUUCAUCAAUGAGGUGGUAAUUUUGUCACAGAUUAAUCAUAGGAAUGUGGUUCAAUUGUUAGGGUGUUGUUUGGAGACUGAAGUUCCCCUUUUAGUCUAUGAAUUCAUUCCUAACGGAACUCUUUUUCAGUAUAUACAUGAGCAAAAUGAGGAAUUUCCACUCACUUGGGACUUACGCCUAUGUAUUGCCAUAGAAGUUGCAGGUGCUCUAUCUUACCUACAUUCAUCUGCUUCUCUACCUAUAUAUCAUCGAGAUAUUAAGUCAUCAAACAUACUAUUGGAUGAAAAAUAUCGAGCAAAAAUUUCAGACUUUGGGGUUUCAAGAUCUAUUGCAGUUGACCAGACUCAUUUGACCACUCAAGUGCAUGGGACCUUUGGAUACUUUGAUCCGGAGUAUUUUCGAUCAAGUCAAUUUACAGAGAAAAGUGAUGUUUAUAGCUUUGGAGUGGUUCUUGCAGAGCUCUUAACUGGACAAAAACCUAUUCGUUCAACUAACUUAGAAGAAGAUAAAAGUUUAGCAUUCUAUUUUCUUCAGAUAAUGAAAGAAAAUCGUUUGUUUGAAAUCCUUGAUGCUCGGGCUUUGAAGGAUGGUAGAGAACAAGAGAUUAUGGCAUUUGCUAAUCUCACAAGAAGAUGUCUAAACUUAAAUGGGAGGAAGAGACCUACAAUGAGAGAAGUAGAAACAAAGUUAGCAGGUAUUAGAACAUCCAACGAAGCUUCAAUCUUGAAAGAAAAUUGUGACGAUAUCGAAUAUGUUGAUGGUGACACAAACAAUCAACUAGAAACCAGUUCAUUGUGUACUGGAUCGUUUUUGGAUAGUACCACGUUUUCAAUAGACUAAUCCUUUGAUUUCAAGCAAGUGUGGCAAUGUAACAAAAUAAUUAAUUUGUUUCUGGUUGUAUCUUAUCCUAUGUUGAAGGUAUUGUGUUAAUUGAGCAUUAAGUU